AUGUGGCUCUUCCGAGUCUUUUCGUCGGCCUUGUUCCUGGCCGUCACGGUCUCGUCUAUCCCACUAGCCUUUGAUGUGGGCGGCAAGACAUGCGGUCUGGCCUUUUCACUAUCCCUCGCGGCCUUCUACUUCCUGGUCUCACUACUGAAGCUCACAACUCCUGAUCGAUCCUGGUUUCGCUCUUCCAUCCUUGCCAUCAUCCGCUUCACGCAAUGGGCCGUCAUUCUCGUUCUCCUUAUCUGGUCGCUGAAUCGCUUCUCCGUCGAUGCAGACGGCGAUAACGGUACCUGGGUUGAGCGCACCUUCAAUGGGAAACGGGCGCAAGAUUCCUCCAUCCAUGAAUGGCUCUUUGGUCGCGAUGGCCUGGUUGAAACGGUCGCUCUCGGGAACUGGGAUAGACUCCUGAGAUGGUCGACUCCGGUCUUUCAGCUUGCAGAGGGUUUCUGUAGUUUGUUGGUGAUUCAGGCUGCUGGGCAGAUUACUCGUUGGCUGGUGAAUCGCGGCGGGCGCAGUGAUAGCUGGAUGAUCGGUCUUCUUGUUUUGUCCGCUACAAUCAUCUCCAGCUCCGUCUACUUCCUCUGGCGUGUUCUUCAAUUCCCCGAGAUCUCCAACGUUGAUGCCGCUCUGAUCGGUGUCUCUGUUACUUGUGCCGUGAUCCUAUGUGCCUGGGGUAUUGGCAGUGGCCGCGGAAACCCAGUCGAGAGCUCUCUCCUCUUCGCCUACAUCGUGCUCUGCAUCUACCAGAUCUUUACAGACUACCAGCCCUCCUACCCGGUGGAACAGAUUCCCUCACCAGCACAGGCCGGAGACUUCCCUCCUCUCCCACCGAUCAUUAUGGCCUCGUACACAACUCUCAUGCACGCGCUCUCUCUCCUCCCCUCCAUCAUCCACGCAGCCUUCAAUGUGAUCACAGCCGUCUUCAGCGCUGUCACUCCCUCCGUCCUGAUCUCUCUCGCCUACCGCCUCCUCGUGCUCUACGCAUCAACACGCAUCAUCCCCGCCGUCCGCGAAUCCGGCGCCCGUGCCCUCUCCCAAGAAGCCUCCAUAGAUGACUCCGACGCAGCAGGCCAAGUUCUCGGCUUCCUCAGCUAUUUCGCACCUACGAUCCUCAUCGCCGUUUACACCAGCUUGCUGAUGCAGCACUUCUCGUCGACAUCGCAAGCAAUGGGCGGCAGCGGCGAGUGGUGGAGCAGUCAAGGCAGCGGCGGCGGUAAUCUGUGGCGCUGGAUCAACCUUGCGUGCACGAUCUCCCUCUACGCCGUGGAACUGUGGCUCGGAGAACACGAUGAUCUCGACAAUGGCCUGGCAGGACACUGGAAAACCGACUGA